AGACUCUUUCUUCCUCAUCCUCUUCCAGUAACAUCUUAUGUAUGUGCGUGUGUGGUGCGUUUGAAACAACAACUGUCAACAGUAUAUAAUAGACAAGGAAGGAAGGAAGGAUGGUGGUGAAUGAUAACGGUAGUACUGAAACAGCAAUGGAUUUCUUCAACAAACUGCCCGAGGGUUGCAUAGCUCACGUCCUCUCUCUUACGACCCCCCAAGAUGCCUGCAGGCUGUCCCUUGUGGCCUCCGCCUUCAGAUCGGCGGCAGAUUCCGACGCUGUCUGGGAGGCAUUUCUACCCUCUGAUUACAAGGAGAUAAUCGCGAGGGGGGUUUCGCCUCCUCCUCCUCUAACCACCAAGGACUUGUUUUUCCACCUUGCCGAUAACCCUCUCAUCAUCGACAGCGGAACUAAGAGCUUUUCAUUGGAAAAACGGAGUGGGCUCAAGUGUUAUAUGUUGGCUGCUAGAGACCUGACCAUUGUAUGGAGUGACUCCCCAAUGUACUGGAGAUUUACAUCUCUACCCGAAUCCAGAUUCCCGGAGGUGGCAGAGUUGAUCAGCGUUUGCUGGCUGGAGAUUCAUGGAAAGCUAAGUAGGAAGAUGCUGUCUGAAAACACUUUGUAUGGAGCUUACCUGGUAUUCAAGUGGACAUCUGAAGCAUAUGGCAUGGAUCAUCAACCCGUGGAGGUAUCUUGCAGGAUUAGCGGGGGUGCAUGCAAAACUCAAACUGUUUUUCUUGACCAUACAAGAAUGAGAACCAACAACAACAACAACAACGAUAGGCUGGCAACCCGGUAUCCGGCGGGGAGGAGGUUUGGGAUACUUCACCGCAACUUUACCAGCUUGGUGAGACGACAAUUCUCCUUCGCUGGCUCCUCUGGUGGAGGAGGAGGAGAGGAGGAAGAGGAUAAUAGAAUGGAGGGGAAUCAGCAACAGCCUCCUCCUCCUCAGCCUAAGGUGAGAAGAGAUGGUUGGUCAGAGAUAAAGAUGGGAGAGUAUUUCAGCAGCAGGAGGCAAGAAGAAGGAGAUGAUGAUGAUGAUGGCGAUCUGGAGAUGAGUUUCAUGGAGGUGAAAGGAGGCAACUGGAAGAGCGGCCUCAUUGUUGAGGGGAUUGAGAUCCGUCCAGUCCAGUCCCAGUCUAAUUGAAUUUCUUAACAAGAGAGGGGAACUAGUAAGUUCCUUUUUGCAAUAAAAUAAUAAAUGUAAUUUUGAUUAUGGAGGUAAGAAGACUAUAUAAUAUAUUAGUUGUUUGUCCAUUUUAAAUGUCAUGAAUUAUGUGAUGUUAUCAAAUCAUCCUCCUCCUCCUCCUAGAAUGGAUCACGAGUUACUACACUUUAUUAUUGCUGGGCCAGCAGGACAAGGACAUGAAUUAAAAAUAAAAGAUUUUAAGAGAGAGAUAUUGACUUUCUGUUGGGUUGAAAGUAGUUGCCUAGUAUAUUAGUUAAGAAUGUUUAUGCAAAACUACUUUUACUUGUACACACACACACACCACUGAAAAACUAUCAUGCCACAAUGUUUAGCAGCAGUUCAGUCACUCCCCUAAACAUAAUAAAA